CAACAGAAACCUAGCCGCUUUUUCGAACCUGAUUUUUUUUUUUUUUUUUUUUUCUUCUUCUUCUUCUUCCUCUCUAUUCUGAAAAAAUGGUGUUCUCAUGCGAUCUGUUGCCAAUGGGUUGUGAGAAAGUCGGCGAUGCGUGGGCUUACAAGACACGUGGCAAAACUGCAAAGAUGUAUCCGUACAAGAAUAACAGAAAGAGAAAGAGGAAAAAAAGUGGACUCUCUGCUCUCUGCUUUGCUCUGCUCUAACCGUCUCCUUCUCUAACAACACAAGAAACAAAUAGUCCACCAUUUGCAGUUUCAUUUCGUAGCGAACCAUCCCGACGGAGAACAUCAAAUCCGAUGACGAAUCCCACCGGCGUUAUUGCGAAUCUUGAAUCCGUGGAAGAAGAAAAACUCGGAUCGUCUUCUUCGUCUAUCAUCUCAGAGAACCAUCCCGACGGUACCGGUGAUGUAAAUUUUGACACAACCGGUGAUGUCAAGAUCGUCGGAGGAGAAACGCGUCGAUCCCCGUGCUCUAUCAUCGCAAGCAACAGAGGUGAGACCGGAGGGGAAACUCAGAUGACGAAUCUCACAGUACCAACCGCUGAUGCCAAUUUUGACUCAGAAGCACUUCGAUCCUCGUGCUCUACCAUCGAUAUCGCAGCGAACCAUCCCGACGGUACCGGAGAAACAGGAUCAAGCAUCAUCCCAAGCAACAAUUUGGCUUUUCUCAGUUUCUUAUCUCCUGACGGUACUGGAUCGAGUAACAACCGCGUAGGGCUAUGGGAUUUUGAACGUGUGGCUAGUUCAUCGGAGAUGAUGAACAAGUUAACAAAUCAGUUCGACAGAUGCUUGAGCGAUUCUGAAGGAGUUACUACUGAUGCUUUAAAGAAUCGGUCUAAAGGUAGUCUGUUUAUGAUGACGCUGCCACAGAUUCAAAAUCGCAGGACUCUAAUACGCUUUCCUGAGGUUGAAAGAAGAUUUCACAUGUUUUCAAGGGAAGAGCAGCAAUCCUUGGAUAGUGCCAGUGCCAGUAGUGCUGUUGUGGUAGCUAUGGAGAACGAGGAGACGAAGGAGAAGAAGAUGGCUGGUGCUGUGGUGGUAGCUAAGGAGAACGAGGAGACGAAGGAGGAGAAUAUGACUGGUGCUGUGGUGGUAGCUAAGGAGAAGAAGAUGACUGGUGCUGUGGUGGUGUCAAAGGAGGAUACUGUGGAUAGCCUUCAAGCUAGUAGAAGGCAGUACCUACUUUCUUGUCACGAGUAUAAAGUGCAUAUUAAGAAGAUUGAAGAGAUACUACCUCGAUCGAUUGAUAUGGAGAUGAAGCAGCUUUUGGAGAGUUACAUAGCAAGUGCUGCUGCUGCUCUUAAGGAGUAUGAAGCUUCCUUGGGGAAUAAUAACUCAGAAUAUUCCUGCGACAUGCUGAUGGAGACUCUGAGCGUUGCAAAGAAAGAAGCAAGAGAGACUCUUUCAUCAGCUUUGGAGAAGAUAAUUGAUAAGGAGAAAGAGGAGAAGAAGAAGAAAGACGACUACCUACGUUCUUGUCACGGGUAUAAAUUGUAUAUUAAGAAGAUUGAAGAGAUCCUGCCUAGAUCCAUUGAUAUGGAGAUGAAGGAGCUUUUGGAGAGUUACAUAGCCAGUGCUGCUGCUGCUCUUAAGGAGUAUGAAGCUUCCUUGGGGAAUAAUAACUCAGAAUAUUCCUGCGACAUGCUGAUGGAGACUCUGAGCGUUGCAAAGAAAGAAGCAAGAGAGACUCUUUCAUCAGCUUUGAAAAAGAUAAUGGAUAAGGAGAAAGAGGAGAAGAAGGAGAAGAAGAAGAAAGACGACUACCUACUCUCUUGUCACGAUUAUAAAAUGCUUAUUAAGAAGAUUGAAGAGAUACUUCCAAGAUCUAUUGAUAUGGAAAUGAAGCAGCUUUUGGAGACUUACAUAGCCAGUGCUGCUGCUGCUCUUAAGGAGUAUGAAGCUUCCUUGGGGAAUAAUAACUCAGAAUAUUCCUGCGACAUGCUGAUGGAGACUCUGAGCGUUGCAAAGAAAGAAGCAAGAGAGACUCUUUCAUCAGCUUUGGAGAAGAUAAUGGAUAAGGAGAAGGAGGAGAAGAAGGAGAAGAAGGAUAAAGACGAAUACCUACUCUCUUUACACGAUUUUAAAGUGCAUUUACAGAAAGUUCAAGAUAUAGUACCUCGAUCCAUUAAUAUGGAAAUGAAGGAGUCUUUAGAGGGUUAUAUAGCACGUGCUACUCAUUCUCUUGAAAUGUGUGAAGCUACCGCGGGGAAUAAGAAGUCAGAAUCUUCCUACUACAAGCUGAUGGGGAGUCUGAGCGCUGCAAAGAAAGAAGCAAGAGCGACUCUUUCAUCAGCUUUGGAGAAGAUAAUGGAUAAGGAGAAGAAGGAGAAGAAGGAGCAGAAGAAGAAAGACAAGAAGGCGAGGGAAGAUAAGAAGAAGAAGUGACUCUGAUGAGAUAGUUCGACCACUGGAUGGAUAGCACACAUAGCAGUAACAGGAGCCUGAUGAUAGAUUGUGGUUAACUUUGCGUUAUGGUAUCCCCUUUUCAGAUAUGAUGAACGUGUUUUUAAUCCCUGCUUUUGUCUUGCCUACCUUUAGAUUCUCGGAUUGUUGUUACCUGUUCAUGAAAUGUCUACUUGUGAUUGGUAUUGUUAUCUUUGUUGCCUUACUAAUUUUUGCAUAAAUUUAUCAGAUAGUUCGACCACUGGAUGGAUAGCACACAUAGCAGUAACAGGAGCCUGAUGAUAGAUUGUGGUUGACUUUGCGUUUUGGUAUCCCCCUUUUCAGAUAUGAUGAACGUGUUUUUAAUCCCUGCUUUUGUCUUUAGAUUCUCGGAUUGUUGUUACCUGUUCAUGAAAUGUCUACUUGUGAUUGGUACUGUUAUCUUUGUUGCCUUAUGGUCUACUUUUUCAUCUGCUACUUCUUCUUUGA